CCUAGCAGGUACUUGGUUUUUUGGCUUGAUCACAGAUUUUCGAAAAAAUGACCUGGCAUCCCUGUCUGUGCCAAAAGGAAGAGAAGAAAAAAACACAAAACAUUCUCAGGAUAAAAAAAUAUCUUGGAACAACAAUUACCGUUCGUAUUCUGGUAAAAAGCCUUCUAUUUUUAUUACCUACAAUGACAUUUACGAAAAGCGUUGAUCAGACAACAAUUCUUCAAGGAGACCGUUCAAAACUUAAGGAUCUGCUGCGACUACGUUUGAAUGCCUGCGGAUGGAGUGAUCAAGUUCGAUUGCUUUGUCGAGACACCAUCAAGGAGCAGGAUACCAUUAAUUGUGAUGCCUUAGUUCAACAGGUUACGCCGAAAGCGAGAGCUUUAAUUCCUGACACCGUUAAAAAGGAACUACUGCAGAAAAUUAAGACUAUUCUUAUUCAGCAGGAAGGAAUCGAUAUUUAGUCACUGAAAUGGUUUAUUUAUGAAAAGCAAAUUUAGUUGCCACAACGUUUCAAGUGAAAGUAAGACAAAAAUUAGUUAAGGUUUUUGAUGACAGAACAUGAUAGAAACAAAAGAUUAAUAAAUUUUCGAAAGUUAUCUGA